AUGAAAGUAAUAAAUAUAAUUUUAUUAAUAAUUUUAUUUAUUAUUAAUUGUGAAAAUGUAAAAUCGAUUGAUUGUUCAUACAAACCAGAAAUGAUUAAAAUUAAUUCUUGUAGUCUUCAAGCAAGUUUGGAAGUACAAGAUCAAUAUUAUUCAUUUGAAAAUGUAUAUAUUGAACCAUUUUUACUACCAAUUAAUAGUGAAAAUUCUUUUUAUUAUAAUUUAAAUAAUGGUAUUGAAUAUACUUUAAAUAUUCAAAACAAGGGUUGUAAUAAUAAUGUAACAGAAAAAUUUAAACCAACUGGAAUGUACUAUGAAUUAAUUACUCAACCAAAAUGUAUGAAUACUUUAUUUAAAUUUAAUCUUUUUUAUUAUUACCUCAAUGGAAGUUCAAUUACAAUCUCGACAAAACAAGGUAAUUUAGAAUAUUAUAAUUAUGAUAAAUCAUGUAAGGCUAAUUUUGUAAUUGUUCCUCAAAGUGUAACAAAUGGUGUUGUUCAAAAUGGUGCUGUGAAAAUAGUUAAUCCAACAUGUGGUUUCAACAAUGGUAGUAUAACUGUUGACUUGACAAAAGGCUAUUCAAAUGUCCGUUUAUUCCGUUUCAAUGAAGGUGAAUUAGAUGAUGAAGUUCAACCAAGUAAUAUACCAGGUUCAUUUUUGAAUUUACCUUAUAAUAGUUAUGUGAUUUCUGUAGAAUCUGAAGAAUGUGGUAAUGAAAUUGUAAAUAUUGAACUUAUUAAUACUUUACCUACAUUAAAUGUUGAAAUUAAAGAAGUUCCAAACUUUUUUGAAGAUUCAACUUUUUCAUUUUCAUUAUCAUCUGGAGAACAAGGAAUUUUAAAUAGUACAAAUGCUUUUGUUUUCGUUAAUGAAAAUGACGAUGAGCCUAUAAGUAAUUGGACAGAUUAUACUGCCCGUUUCACAAGUGGAACUUUAGAAUAUGGUUAUUAUUAUAAUGUUGAUUUUUUACCAGGCAAUGAAAAAUCAUGUGAAACAUUCGAAUAUGUAAAUGGAGUGAUUCCAGCAUCCGUAUUAAAGUAUACAAUUACAAAACAUGGUGAUAGUUGUUUAAAUGACCUCCUAUUGACAGUUUAUCAAUUUUCCAAUAACCCAAUUUCUUUGUAUGAUUUCAAUGCUGAUAGUAUGAUGACAUUUGGGGAUGGUGGUAAUACAACAGUUAUACCAUAUAAUAGAGAUUUUUCAUUACAAGAGAAAUAUGCAGGCCCAACCCAAUACUUUUCAACCGUAUAUAAAGUUCCAACUUAUUCACUUGUUGAAACGACAAAAGGAGGUUUAACUGGAUGUUGGAGAACUUUUAAUAUUACAAUUAAUGACUAUGAAAGUUUAGGUGAUCUAGAAUUAGAAUUUAAUUACAAAACUGAUUCUAUUUACUAUCCAGUAGAUGGUGUUUUUAUUGAUAUUCCAAGUGGUCCUUAUAGAAUCUCCUAUUUUGUUGGAGAUUGUGAUACUAAAUCAUAUUUCACUAUUUUAAAUUCUAAAGAAGAUGAAUGUAAUCAAGAUGUUAUAUCCACUUCAUAUAGAAUUCUUCAAAAUGCUACAUGUUCGGAACCUUAUGAAGUUGAAUUUACAGCAUCAACUCCACUUGGUUUGGUUAGUUAUAACUUGAGUGUUUAUUCUCUUUCCCAUGUUGAUGAUAGAUAUGAAUUUCCAAAUAGUUUAGCUUAUGUUGAUGUAUUAUAUUAUAAUCCAAAUACUUUAAUUUGGGAUGAUAAAGAAUUUAAUAUAUCUAUUGGACAUGAUGCAAAAUGUUCAUUCACAUAUGGUACAAUAGAAUUAGAAAUACCAAAUGAUCCAUAUAAUCCAAAUAUACAAUAUAAUGUAAAAAACGUUUUUGGUAAUGAUGGUAAACCACUAAGAAGUGCUGGUCCAGGUUUAAAUUAUUUAAUACCACCUGGUGAGAAUAAUUUAAUCGUUCAAUAUUUUUAUGGUGGUAAUUAUAAUAACAUAUGUUAUAAAUCAAAAUCAGUUAACAUUAAUGCUGAAAUAUCAAUUAAACCACAAUAUACUUCAAAUGCUAAUACCGAUUGUCAAACACCAAAUGGUAAAAUCAUUAUAUCAAAUUAUCAAGCAUUUACUAAUAUUACAAUUGAAUUAUCAGAUCAACAAUCAUUCAUAAUUGCAGUUAAUGGUGAAUUAACCAAUCUUAAAGGUGGUGAUUACAAUGUUUUCUUUGAAUCAGAAUCAUGUAGUGGUUUUGUUACUAUCAAUGUCCCAACAUCUGAAGAUAAUGUUGAAAUUGAAACAUCAAUACUUCAAAAUCCAUCAUGCCUUGUAUAUUUCUCUCCAGGUAAUUCCGAUGGUAAAAUUAAAGUUAAUGUUAAAAAAGAUGGUGUACAAUUAGACAAUUUAAUAGUUUCAGAUUUAGCUGAUUCACAUUCAGAUAAUAAUGUUUUUAUUGGUGGAAAGGUUGGUUUAAAUUCAUUAAUGAUUAAAUCAGGUAAUUGCACUUGGUAUAGAGAUGUCAAUGUUGAAAAAAUUGAUGGCCCAAUGUUUUCACUUGAAACUCUACUCAAUGAAAGUUGUGGUUGGCCAAAUGUUUAUAAAUUAAAUAUUGGAAAUCCAAAUGUCGUCAUUAAACAGACUAGUUAUUCCGAUAGUAAUAAAAACUUUUAUCAAGGUUCCUAUUAUUUUGUAUUGUCAAGUAGUACUUCCUAUUCCCUUCUACUUCAAUGGAGUACAAUUUGUUCAGAAAGUUUUAAUAUACCAGCAAAAAAUAAUAUUCAAGAUUAUCAAGAAUAUCCAAUUCAAUAUGAAAUUGUAAAAGCUGAUAAUUGUCAUUCAUUGAAAAUUGAUAUUAUUAUUAAAAAUAUGAAUGAAUUUUCAACAAUGUCAAUUUUUAGUAGAGUACCAGAAUCAAUUAAUUCAACACAUGCAAUUUUCAGAAAUUUACCACCAAAUAAAUAUUACAAUGUUGAGUAUUUAAAAACUAAACCUUAUUGUUAUUCUUAUCAACAAAUUGGUGAAUAUGAAAUUUCAAGUGGUUUAACAAAAGAAUCUUUAAAAAUUAAAAAAUCAAAUGAUAUGUGUCAUAACGGUAUUGGUAAAAUUGAAAUUCAAACUCCAUUGGAUACUGAUAAUUAUUAUUAUUCAAUGCAAAAGAUUAAUGGUUUAAUGUCAGGUGGUUACGAAACAAAUACUCAUCUCACUAAUGAUAAUGCUGAUCAAGUUUUAUCAAAUUUACCAAAUGGUAUCUAUUAUAUUACUCGUAUUUGUAAAUCAAUUUUAAAUUGUUACAUUAGAGAAAAGGUUGAAAUUAUAAGUGAAAAUCCAUCAAUUCAAUCAAUUACAAUUAAUCACUCGUAUAGUAAUAAAAACAAUGGUACUGUAGAAAUUAAAUUAAAUUAUAAUACAACUAAAUCUGUAACUUUUGAAAUCGUAAAUACUCAAUUAUCAAAUAAUAAUGGUAUUUUCUCAAAUUUAUCUCCAAACAAUUAUCAAAUUAAAAUCACUAUCACUGAUAGAAUGUGUCCUGUAACUUUAUAUGAAAAUUUCAGUAUCAAUUCAAUUCCAACACCAAAACCUGUAGAUCCAUCUAAAGAUCCAUCUGAUGAACUUUCAACUUCAACUUUAAUUCAAAUUAAUCAUUUAUUAUUAUUAUUAAUUAUUUUAAUUUUAACAAUUAUUAUUUAA